AUGAUGCUCACCAGCAGUGGUCAAGGUAGAACUGAGAAUAUAAAUCCAGACAUCGUGACCCUCACUAGAUUCUUGACAGAGGGUCAGGCUAAACAAAAAGAGGCAACAGGAGAUUUCACUCUGCUUUGCCAUGCUCUCCAGUUUUCUUUUAAAUCAAUUGCAUAUUACAUCCGCCGCGCUACCCUUACUAAUCUAAACGGUCUCGCUGGCUCGAGUAAUGUCACAGGUGACGACCAAAAAAAACUAGAUGUCAUCGGAAAUGAACUUUUCAUAGCCGCGAUGAGAUCUUCGGGAAAGUGUGCUGUGCUUGUUUCAGAGGAAGAAGAAAACGCUAUAUUUUUUCCAGAACACCCUGGUGCUAGGUACGCAGUAGCUUGUGAUCCUAUAGAUGGUUCAUCCAACUUGGAUGCUGGUGUUUCUGUUGGUACGAUAUUCGGGAUCCACAAACUCGAUCAAGGCUCAAAACGCACAAAAGAAGAUCUCUUGAAACCGGGCACAGAGUUGAUUGCUUCUGGAUUUACAAUGUAUGGUGCUUCUGCUCAGUUGGUUAUAACAAUGAAAGGUGGCAGUGUCUACGGCUUCACCAUGGAUAAUUCUCUGGGAGAAUUUAUCCUCACGCACCCAGAAAUGACAAUUCCUAGAUCUCGAGCAAUAUACUCAGUGAAUGAAGGAAACACCUUAUAUUGGGAUGAGCCUGUUCGUAAGUAUUUCGAGUCGCUCAAAUUCCCUGAGGAAGAGGGUGCGAAACCAUAUUCUGCGAGGUACAUUGGGAGUAUGGUUGCGGAUGCAUAUCGUACUUUGCUCUAUGGUGGAAUUUUUGCCUAUCCAGUUGAUAAAAAAUGUCCCAAGGGUAAGCUACGAAUUUUAUACGAAUGCGCGCCUAUGGCCAUGGUCUUUGAAAAUGCUGGUGGACAAGCAAUCAAUAGUAGAAUGGAGCGAAUGAUGGAUGUCGUACCGCAAGAUAUUCAUGAUAAGUCGGGUAUUUUUAUGGGUAGUUUUGAUGAAAUCGAAAAUGUCAGAAGAUUCUUUAAGUGA